GCCUGAAUUAAAGAAUCUGAUCCGCGCCGGCGUUCCUCAUGACCUGCGUGCAAAAAUAUGGAUGAAAUGUGUCAACUGUCACGUGAAACGCACGAAGCGCGUCUCUGGGUCUGGUUACUAUAAACGAUUGCUCGCUUCAAAGAAGGACUCUUUUUGCCCAGCUGAGAAACAAAUUGGACUGGACUUGUUGAGAACUUUACCCAAUAAUAAAUACUAUGAUAAACAGAAUGCCGAUGGGGUGAGUAGCAAGGCUUUUGUUGUUGGAAAUUUUGAUUGUAAAUUUUACACAUUUACACACGUAAAAACGCACAACUUGUCAACAAGAUGUGUUCGCAACAGACUUGUAGCAUGCUUGUCAACAAGUUGUAACAAUGCUGUUAUUUUAUCAAGUUGCUACAAGGUUGUCAUUCACAACUUGUUGACAAAUUGUUGAAUUGCAGGACGAUAACAAGCUGUUGGAACAACUUGUAACAAGUCUGUUGAGCUCAACAACCUUGUAGCAAGUUGUCAACAAGCCGUUGAGAACUUGUCAACAAGCUGGGAACAAGCAGUGCGAACACAUCCUGUUGACAAGUUGUUGGAACAGCAUUGCUACAAGUCGGCUGCAGGUUUGUUACAACUUGUACGUUUUUACGUGUGUAUCAGACCUACACAUGUAAAACGCACAAGUUGUUACAGGUCUGCAAACAAGUUGUUACAAAUCUGUUCACAAGCUGUCGACAAGUUGUGUUCGCACCGCUUGUUCCCAGUUGUUGGAACAAGUUUGGAACAAGCUGUUAACAACUUGUAACAAGCUUGAUGGCAUUAUCAGACUUGUUACAAGGUUGUUCUAGCACGUCUGAUACAGUCGUGAUAUAACAAGAAUGUUACAAGGUUGACGACACAAGGUUGUAACAAUAUUGUUAUAUCAUAACUGUAUCGGGCGUGUUAGAACAACCUUGCAACAAGUCUGAUAAGGUCAUCAAGCUUGUUACAAGUUGUUAACAGCUUGUUCCAAACUUGUUGACAACUUGGGACAAGCAUUGCGAACACAACUUGUUGAUGGCUUGUUAGCAGACUUGCUACAACAAGUCAACAAGAUGUAUUCUCACUGCUUGUCACAAGUUGUCAACAUGUUUGGAACAACUUGUAACAACCUUGUCGAAAUUAUCGGACUUGUUGCAAGGUUGUUCGGACAAGUCCGUUACAUGCUUGAUAUAACAAGAUUGUUACAACCUUGUGUUGACAACUUGUAACAUCCUUGUUGUAUCAUGGCUGUAACAAACAUGUUAGCACAGUCUUGUAACAAGGCUGAUAAUGCCAUGAAGCUUGUUACAAGUUGUUAACAGCUUGUUUCAAACUUGUUACAACAAACUGGGAACAAACAAUGCGAACACAACUUGUUGACAGACUUGUAACAACUUGUUUGCAGACUUGUUACAAGCUGUGCGUUUUUACGCGUGCAGCCGUUGCGAGAAAUGCAACUAUAUGAACUCUGGCUGGAAUGGAACCUGCUGUCCUGCCAUUCCGAUAUAUGAUCCAUGUUGCUUGCUUUUACCAGAUUGAUCAACUACGUCGCGUUCUGUUGGCUUUCAGUUUACACAAUAAAGAAAUCGGUUACUGUCAGGUAAGAACAAUUUCACUCUAAAUUAUUUAUAAAUUAUUUGAAAUAACCACAUAAAAACGAGGGCAUUGGGAUUAAUAGUUAUAUGAGUAUCUUGUCUCCUAGGGUCUCAAUCGUUUGGCUGCAAUUGCACUUUUGUACCUUAGUGAAGAAGAAUCGUUUUGG